AUGAAUUGGGCAUUUCUGCAAGGCCUUCUGAGUGGCGUGAACAAGUACUCCACAGCAUUGGGUCGUAUCUGGCUGUCAGUGGUGUUCAUCUUCCGAGUGCUGGUGUACGUGGUGGCCGCUGAAGAUGUGUGGGACGAUGAGCAGAAGGACUUUGUCUGCAACACCAAGCAGCCAGGCUGCCCCAAUGUCUGCUAUGAUGAGUUCUUCCCCGUGUCCCAUGUGCGCCUGUGGGCCCUGCAGCUCAUCCUGGUCACCUGCCCCUCACUGCUGGUGGUCAUGCACGUGGCCUACAGGCAGGAGCGAGAGCGGCGCCACCGCCUGAAGCACGGACCGAACGCCCCCUCCCUGUAUGACAAUGCAGGCAAGAAGCGAGGAGGCCUCUGGUGGACAUAUUUGCUGAGUCUUAUCUUCAAGGCCUCUGUCGAUGCCAUCUUUCUCUAUAUCUUCCAUCGCCUUUACAAGGAUUAUGAUAUGCCCAGAGUGGUGACUUGCUCUGUGGAUCCAUGCCCCCACACUGUCGAUUGUUUCAUCUCCCGACCCACAGAGAAGAAGGUCUUCACCUACUUUAUGGUGGCCACAGCUGUCGUCUGCAUCCUGCUUAACCUCAGUGAAGUUGCCUACCUGGUGGGCAAGAGGUGUAUGGAGAUUACGCGUCCCAGGCGCCGGAAGCCUAGAAGCCGGGGUCAUCUAUCUGACACAUGCCCACCAUAUGCACUCUCCCAAGGAGGACACCCCCAGGAUGGGACCUCUGUUCUAAUUAAGGCUGGGUUGGCCCCAGUAGAUGCAGGUGGGUAUGCAUAA